CUCAUCUAGCUAGCAGUUCAGGGGAGCGCUGCUCAUCCCUGGCCGUCAUCUAUUUUUCUCAUUUUUAUGUAUAGAAAGAAGUCAUGAUGUUUAGAACUGUUUAAAGUAAACAUUAUGCAAUAUUGAUAACCACAUUUGAAGACAAUGAAAAAUAUUUAAUUUUAGUUAGUUGAUGGUUAAAUUCAAGAAAGAAAACGGAAUCUUGAAAACAGAAAACUUGGCCAUCCAUUCAUAGUUCUUGGAGAAACAUGAUGUUCCAAUAAUGUCCACCCAGCAAGGCUUUCCACGUGAAGUACACACAAUUUGUGGACACCUAUAACAAUUUCUCAUGUAAUCUAUUUGAACUUUUUCAUCUGAUGUGUUAAAGGACAAAAUAUGAUGAGAUUGGUUAAUGUAAUGAUUUUUAAGACAUUUUCACUUCCAGCGAAGUCAGUCGCCUGCAUCGUCUGCUGGGGAAAGGGCGCGAAGUAUUUUGUCUCCUGCUUAUAGUCUUUCUCCAUAGAUGCUAACCGCAUUAGAUGUGGAACGGACAGUGGAGGAGAGCCGUGGCUCGGUGGGCGGCCCCCCGUGAAGAGGCGCCGCGCCAUGGCCCCGAGGAGAGCCCCAUCAUAGCCUUCGAUCAUGUCGGUUGCCUAACGUGAGCCUCGAGAAGGAUGCCUGCUGACGCCGAGACCCCCGUAAUGGGGGUUCGGGGGGCGCAGGGAGGCGUGGAUGGACAGUUCCCCGCCAAGACAUCCUCCAGAGGAUCCCUGUCCAGCGUGGUCACUGCCACGCCCUCGUACUCCUCCUCCAGUUCCUCGGUAUCAUCAGAGGUCACGGGGCAGAUGAGGUCGAGCGACUCCCUGUCCUCGGUGGGGUCACCUUCUCCUGCCCCUUGCGAGCACACUGAGGCCCCGACACAGCGUUCGGCAGCCAAUUCUGUGCCACCCCUCCCACACCUGCCCAUCAGCACCGCCACAACGCUCGCUGAGGAUCAUGAAAGUCCGGAAGCGACGCCAAUAUUGAAUGUUUCCCGGUGUGUGGAGCCGGCGCCGCCACCCGCUGCGACCCCAUCCCCGGCUUCCUCUCAUAUGUCUUCCCUCGUCGGACAGUCUUCCUCGUCGUCAUCGUCAUCGUCGUCAAGCUCUUCUAUUUCAUCUUCCUCGUCGUGUUCUUUUUCUUCUUCCUCUUCUUCCUUCGCUUCUUCACCAGUGUCAUCGUCACCACCACCACCCUCAACACCUCUCGAUGUCCCGACUCAGGUGGCGUCAAUAUGCACAUCUCAGCUGUCUCCCGCGCUAACUCCUUCCAUCUCCCUGGCGCCCGCGUCCUUGCCGCAACUCCUACCCCGCGGCUAUUCACCCACUGCUGCUAGGCUGGUGAGGAGCUCCCCGCCGCCCACUAUUAGCCUCACGCCCUCCCCGGUGCCGAGAAGGUUCUCCACUGACGUCUCCAGUUCUGAACAGUUGGCUGGUCCUUCCACGCGGCCCCGGGCCCCAAGUCUUGCUCUAACACACCUCACCGCCAGCGACACCGUCCCACCCUGCCUUCACUCACCUCCCCCGUCGUACGAUCAGUUAUGCAACCCCAACGCGCUGCCGACGUAUCAGGAGGCUACCCAAAGCUCCAGCGACAAGCAGCGCCGCGGUGAACAAAGGACAGUGUUUACGCUGCCGUCCAACAGCGAACCCACCACCAACGACCCGCUGGUGCAGGAUGGGGAACGAGGGCUUGGGGCAAGCAUGCGGGGAGGCAUGCUGGCCUCCCUUGCAGCCGAGCUGAGUGACUCUGAGGGCGGCUACUCCACGAUCCUAGACGCCAUCCCUCACGAACACACCCGUGACCCAUGCGCCACCGUCCCCAUCAGAUUUCUACAGACCUGUUCAUUGCGUCGUUUGCGGCCGGCCAAACUUCAGCCGCUUUGCCUCACCUCAGUUUGCAACAAAGCCCUUGUGAGGAAGGAGCUGAACCGAAGGUGGCCUUUCAUCGCUGCGGCACGAGAAGACGAUCAGUGUCCAGGGCUGCUGCUGGUGGAAUGCUCCUCACAUCUUACCGUCGCUCACUUGCCUGAGCCUGUGCGGCCAGGAGAGAGCGGAAGCGGCAUGUUAAAUGCUGGAGGUCCAGCGACUGGGAGCCGCGGAGACUUACGAAGUCUCGUUGGGGAUAAUUUCACCGAUUUACCCUUGGGCUCCCCAACGCUCCCCACCUCCAGCAACGCAGCCGCCGCAGCCGCUGCCAUUGACUUGGAGUCUGGCGCCCUUACGUCGCAGGUGCUCUUCUACCUGUGUGGGAAGUGCGUGGGCUAUGACUCUUUCGACAUAGACAACGUGAGAUCACACAUCGAGUACGACUGUGCUGGUCCUCAGCACCAAUGGGGCAGCAAUGCCGAGCUGUACCUAGUGUUGCGUGCGGUGCUCUUCGUCGUGGUGAUCAUAGUUGUGUUCGUGUGGCUCCCUUACCUCCAGCUGUGAGUACUUACCUCUCUCAGCUUCUCUCCCUUACCCAUAUUCUCACCAAUCAUCUGCUUCAUCUCCUCUUUCUCCUAACGCUACCUUCGUCCCAUGUUUCCCCAAACCCGGCGAACGUCUGUCCGACGGUCAUCCAACCUUCGUAUGGGAACUGUUCUUAGUGUUUAAGACUCGGAACGCACAGUGUUACGCUUAUACUAUAGGGCCGUGUGUGGCGGCGACCUGCUGCAGGACCGUCUUUCCCAAGCACACACACACACACACACACACACACACACACACACACACACACACACACACACACCGUAUCACGCCACGUCAUG